AUGGCCGAGGCUUUGCUAGGAAUUGUGAUUGAAAACUUGGGAUCUUUUGUCCAAGAUGAUCUUGCAACAUUUUUGGGUGUUGACCAACAGAUUCAGAAGCUUUCCAGCUAUCUCACUGCAAUUCGCGCUGUCCUCGAAGAUGCUGAGAAAAAGCAAAUCACAAGUAAAGCUGUGAAGGAUUGGCUUCAGAAACUGACAGAUGCAGUAUAUGUGUUGGACGAUAUCUUGGAUGAAUGUUCAAUACACUCAAAAAGUUCAUGCUUAUCCCGUCUCCACCCUAAGGACAUUCUCUUUCAUCGUGAUGUUGGCAAGAGGAUGAAAGACAUCACCCAAAGAUUUCAUGACAUUCAUGAAGAAAAGAGCAUGUUUCAAUUAAGUACUGGUGUCACUGACAAGCAAGCAGAGGAUGAUGAUGAAUGGCGCCAAACUAGCUCUGUCAUUACUGAACCCAUUAUCUAUGGUAGAGACCAAGACAGAGAGCAAAUUGUGGAGUUUCUUUUGCGGCAUGCAAGCAACAGCCAAGACCUCUCCAUCUAUACCAUAGUUGGUAUGGGUGGACUUGGGAAAACCACACUUGCCAAACAGGUCUUCAAUGAUGACCGGGUAAGCAAACAUUUUGACUUGGAAAUCUGGGUUUGUGUUUCUAAUGAUUUCAAUACAAAAAUAAUACUGCAAUCCAUCAUAGAAUGUGUCACUGGACAAAAUCCCAAUCUCAAUACUUUAGAAGCAAUGCAAAAAAAGGUUCAAGAAGUGUUGCAGAGCAAGAGGUAUUUACUUGUUCUUGAUGAUGUGUGGAAUGAAGACCAAAGGAAAUGGAAGGAGUUGAAGGGGGUGUUACAGUGUGCAAUGGGAACAAUUUUGGUCACCACUCGACUUGAGCAAGUUGCAUCCAUCAUGGAAGUGUGUCCUGUUCAUCGUUUGAUAGAAUUAUCUGAUGAUGACAGUUGGUCAUUGUUCAAACAUCAUGCAUUUGGACAUGACAGAGAAGAGAGUGAAGAGCUUGUUGCAAUUGGCAAAUAUAUAGUGAGGAAAUGCGUUGGUUCACCCCUUGCAAUCAAAACACUGGGAAGCCUCUUGCGUGGUGAAAGUGAAGUACAACAAUGGCAGAACAUAAAGGAAAGUGAGAUUUGGGAUAUAAAAGAGGAAAAUUCUCUCACAAGAGGGGAAAAUUUUAUCUUGCGUGCUUUGAAACUAAGCUACGUUAAUUUAGACUUAUCAUUAAGGAGAUGUUUUUCCUUUUGUGCAAUUUUUCCUAAAGGUUCUGAAAUUGUCAAGGAAGAACUAAUUCAUCUUUGGAUGGCUAAUGGAUUUAUUAAAUCUGAAGGGAAUUUAGAAGUGGAGAAUGUUGGCAAUAAGGUGUGGAAAAGAUUAUACGGCAGAUCAUUUUUUCAGGAAGAAAAGACCGAUAAGUUAGGAAUCAUUACAAGUUUCAAGAUACAUGAUCUAUUUCAUGAUCUUGCACAGUCCGUUGUGGGUGAAGAAUGUGUGAUUUAUGAGCACGAAAGGUUGAGUGAUUUGUCAAACAAAGUUCACCAUUUACACUUGUUAAAAUGUAAUGAGUAUGAGUCAGUCAAUAAAGCAUCCUUAAAUAAAGUUGAAUCCUUGCGAACUUUUCUUCUUGAUGAUUCGAAUAAGUUCAAUAGAAUUGUUUGUCUGUCGCCAUUAAACAACAGUCUUCGAGCAUUAAAGAUAUCUUCUCGUCAAUUGUUACCUCUCAUUGAUUUAACACAGUUGAGGUACUUGUAUCUGCGUCGGAGUUAUGUCACUUGCUUGCCUAGUUCUAUUUGUAGGUUACAAAAAUUGCAAAUAUUAAAACUAGAAGAUUGUCGCAACCUUAGUAGUUUGCCCAAAAACUUGACACGCAUGCAGGAUCUAAGGCAUCUCGUGAUUAAUAGAUGUUACUCAAUAAUAGCAACGCCUCCUAAUAUUGGCAAGCUAAGCCAUCUAAGAACAUUGAACACUUUCAUAGUGGGUUCAAAGCCAGGGUAUGGGUUGGCAGAGUUACAUGAUUUAAAACUAGGAGGCAAGCUGCAUAUCAGAGGCCUUGAGAAUGUCUCAAGUGAAUGGGAUGCUAAAGAAGCAAAUUUGAUUAGUAAGAGGGAGCUGAAUCGCUUAUACUUGUCAUGGGGUCCUGGUCCCAGUUCAGAAGGUGGUAAUGUUAAUGCUGAGCAAGUACUGGAAGCCCUUGAACCUGCCUCAACUCUAAAGAGUUUGAGAAUGAAUGGAUACAAGGGAAUACAGUUACCAAAUUGGCUGAGAAAUCCUUCAGUUAUGAAAGACUUGGUGGACGUUAUGCUCUACGAUUGCAAGAACUGUGAGGAGCUUCCUCCACUUGGUAAACUACCAAAUUUAAAAAGGCUGUACUUAUCUGGAAUGAAAGAUGUUAAACACAUAGAUGGUGAGUCAUAUGGUGGCGCGGAGGAGAAGGCUUUUCCAUCUUUGGAGACGUUGACUGUGGUGAAAUUACCAAACUUGGAGAGGAUAUUGAGAGAUGAAAGAGUGGAGAUGCUCCCUCGUCUUUCCCAACUAAACAUUGAUGGCGUUCCCAACCUUAAAUUGCGACCCCUUCCAUCUGUUGAGCACCUUGAUGCUUCGCAUAUUGAGGACGAUGCUUCUUUCAUGGAAGGGGUUGUUGGGAAUGUGCCUUGUCUCAAGCAUCUCAGCUUUAAAUACUUUAGCAAACUCAAGGUGCUACCAGACCAACUUGGCAGGAUUGGUGCACUGGAGACACUAUUCAUUGAACAUUGUGAUGGACUGGAGUCUUUUCCGGAACAUGUGUUACAAGGUCUAACUUGUCUUCGAGUUCUAUAUAUUGCCUACUGUGAGAAAUUAAAAUGGUUGUCUGAAGGUGUGGUACAUUUAACUUGUCUUGAGGGUUUGGUUGUCGGGCGCUGUCCAGAGCUAGUGGCUCUACCAAACAAUAUGAACCAACUAACUGCCCUUCAAAUUGUGUCAAUUUCCGAUACAUUACCAGAAGGCUUACAACAUAUCCCCUCCCUGCAAAGUUUGAAUACAUAUGGUUGUAGUUCAUUGCCAGAGUGGCUGGGAGACAUGACUUCUCUUAAGGAAUUAACGUUAGUGAGAUGCAUGGAGUUGAGGUCACUACCAAGUAGCAUUCAACGCCUCACCAACUUGGCUGAAUUAUAUAUUGAGGAAUGUCCUGAGCUGGAGAAGCGGUGCAAGAGGGAAACAGGGGAAGAUUGGCAAUACAUAGCUCACAUUCCACAAGUGACAGUGGUCAGCUCCUCAAUCAGAGAACUCACAUAUUGCGACAGAAUCCGAUCCUUCUGGAUGCUAUGCAACACAACUGGAAUGCACUCUGCUAUAGACUUUUGGCGAGAUAAUCCUCCACAACAUGAACUUGACAGAAUUAUUGAAGAUGAUCUGUGAAUUCUAUGUAUCAUAUCUAUUCCUAGCAGAUUGUAACUUGCCAUGGAGGUAUGAGGGUAUGUUAGAAUCUCCAUAAAUGCCAAAUGGACGCAAUUGGCUACUUUUACAUGUCGUUAUUAUGAUAGUUUCAACUUCCAAGUAUGUAACUGGUUAGAAAAGAAAACACUUUUAAGUAUGUAAAAGCAUAUUUACAUUCGUAUAUCUUUUUAAGAUGAGAUAGCUGAAUGUCCAAAAUUGACCCACCUUCCCUUUUAUCUAUUUGUAAAUUAAGAAUGGUACAACUCUCUUCUUUUAGUCCAAAAAUUUGAACUUACCUGGACAUCCAUAUCUAUCCUACGGUUAGGGGUUCUACUUACUUGAUAGAU